AUGACCGGCCUUCGCGACGCCGUCACCCGUGCUGGUGACAGGGUCGCUGGUCUUGCUCGCAACACCUCCAACAAUGUCGCGCGCAUUCGUCGCCGCGCCACUGGCGCACUUCAUACGGCGCGCCGAAGUCUUGACUUCAGCAACAAGCGCCUCCGCAUCGAGGCCCCAGAUGCUACUAUACCUCGCUGGCAACCCAGUGAAGAAGCCCUCAAGACCAUGGUCCUCGACAAGGAGGAAUUCGCCAAGACUCUUUUCAGAAUCGGUACAGUGGUCGAGCAGAGUGAUGCCGUGUCGAUGAACAGGCGACUCAGAUUUCUCCGACCGUCUCUCCUGUGCCUGAAUGGCGAAUCCCAGUCACUUUCUCCGGAUCAGCAACCGGAUCUUGUCGGCCCAUUUCUGGUGCAGCUUUUGAACUGCAUCAGUGUCUGCAAUGGCAUCUACAGCGUCAACGAGUUUUUCAAACUGAGGAGAAAUCACCAAUCGCUUCAGGAAACCGCCAUCGACUACGGCAUGACCGCUGAGGGCAUCCAAAAGAUUGAGCUAGCGCGAGCCUUUAUGGCUGCACCGGCACUCCCCGCGACCUGUAACGAGGUCCUGCAGUUGAUUGGGGUUCACCUUUCUCAGCUGCUCCCAAAAGACGAAUUCGACACGAUCCUACUCGACCUUCGGGCUGUCUUGGCCCAUCUUCCCAUGCCGAGUUUUGUGGUCUCCAAGCGAUAUCACAAGCAGAUGCGGGUCUUCUUUCCGGCUCCGCGUCGUUCGAUCUCAGAUUGGGAUUGGCCUAUCCCUGGAUCGUUCCCACGCGACGAGCUUGAGUCUCAUGAGCAGGAUGUUGCUGCUCCACAGCCCGCACCUCCGUCGGAAACAUCUGUUGCACCAAUUGCCUCCCCUCAGCCUCAGAUUCGGCGGUCCGAUAUGUCUGGCACGAACCGCAUGCGAGCGGAUCUUUUGGAGGCCAAGAUCUCGGAUAUGUCGGAAUCGGAGUUCCGGGCUGCCUUUUACCAUGAAAGCGAACAACAUCGCCUUAUCAAACAGAAGUAUGUCCGCAAAUUUCAGCCGAAGGAACCCAGUCAGGACGCGAAGCCGCUCGGCUCUAUCCUCAAGAACCGAGAGAGGCUCCCAAAACAGAAGACUCCAAAGCGACUGCGCAUGACACGCGCGCCCAAGAUCGUGCGCUUUAAGGAAGGCACUCUGAGCCCACAGAAGCGCUCUCAUACAGGACUGGAUGUCCCCAGACGUCCGGGUUGCAAACGCAAGAAUGGCGGAAGAGUGCAUCCGAUUACACCUAUGCACCGACCUGAUACGCGACCUAACAUUUUUGUGCGCAAUGUUGCCGUAUCGGACGGCGAUGUGGAAGAACGAGAAGUCGAGACACCCGCUAGAUUGCGCUAUUCUCGUCGCGUGCUUGCCGAUAAGGCUGAACAAAAGGCCGAGGCCGAUGCCCGCAUCAAGGCACUCAUGGACCUGCCUGCUCCGGCGGGCCUUGCCAACAGUGAAACCGUGAGCAUCGUGGUUGAACGCCUGAAGACAGAGGAGGCACGCAAGGCCGCUGAGAAGGCUCAGCGUGAGGAAGAAGAGCGAAAGGAGGCCAGAAGACUUGCACGGGAAGCUGCCGAAGCCAAACGACAGGCUGAGGCAGAAAUAAAACGGGUCGAGGAAGAAAAAUGGAAGGCUGAGGAAAAACGCCGCCGCGAAGAGUUCAUCCGCAACAUCGACCAGCACCGACAGUUGCGCGCACCCAAGACGCCCUUCAUCACUGCUCCCGGUGCGCAGUUUAUGGCGAAGGCCAACAACAUUCUGACCGGUACCAACACAAGUGGCAUCUUUGUCACGACACCUGAGGGUGGCACGCUGCGGAAGCACGACUUUGUCUCUGUCAUUCCGAGCACGAACUGGCUUAACGAUGAAAUCAUCAAUGGAUCCAUUGUCUUCCUUGACAGAUCGAUAAACGAGGCUGCUGGAAUUAAGGACUUCAAGCAGCAGACCCGAAAAUGUCUAGCUUUGAACUCGUUUUUCUUCAAGAGCCUGUUGGCAAAUGGCAAUAAGGACGUGCUACGGAAGCUGAAGCGACACGGAGUCGACAAGCACAACUUCCUGGACCUUGAGACAAUCCUGAUGCCUGUGUGCUCCGGCAAUCACUGGACGUUGAUUGUCAUUCGCCCGAUGAUGAGAACGAUCGCCCACAUGGAUUCGCUCAAUCCGGCGGGCAAUCAGCAUUACGUUGAUGUUGCGAUGAACUUUGUUCGCUUUGUCCUCGAGGACAACUAUGAAGAAUCGCUCUGGAAAACUGUCCGUCAUGAUGCUCCACGGCAGACGAACGGCUAUGACUGCGGUGUCUUCACAAUCACCAAUGCCAUUUGCUUGGCCCUGGGCUUGAGCCCAAUUGAUUCCUAUUCGGCGACGGACAUGGAGACGCAGCGCAAGCGGAUCGCGUGCAUCUUGCUGAACAGGGGCUUCCACGGAGACUUCUCGGUUGGGGAGUACUGA